AUGGAAUCUUUAGGUAAAAAGAGAAAGUACUGCAGAUUCCAUCCUAAAAUAGAUGUUGACCUUCUUUAGAUUUCAAAGAAAAUUAAGAGUGAAGACCUUUCUUCUGCAAGCAAUCAGAACUCUACUAAUUUGAUCAGUGGAUUGCUUUCUCUUCCUACUAUUUAAUAGCAACCCAUUUAGUUACUAGAUUCCAAAAUCCUUGAAACACCCUUAUCAUCAACCAAUCCAUAGUCUCUUAACAUCAAUUUAGACUUGUCUGCCAAAAACUUUUAGCAAUAAGCUACUUCUGCCUUAAAUGGAUUUAGCUCAAUUCACACAGAUGCACUCUUACUCUUACAAUAACAACAACAAUAAUAAUAAUAGUAGCAAUCUUAACAAUAAAACCUCCUUUAAUAAUAGCAAUUCCUCUAGGUUGCUUAACCUAAUCAACAAAUGACUCUAUCUCAGUUAACAAAUCCUCUUUAAAAUGUCUUUAUGAAUGGAUAGAAUUUCAAUAUGAACAACCACUUGUUAAAUGGAAACUACUUGUAACAAUAGUAAUUAUAAUCUGCUACUUAAAAUCAACUUAUGAAUUUCAAUCCACAAUAACAACAGCUGCUAAUGAUGCUUUAACAAUAAUAAAAACUUUAAUAAAAUUAAUUCACUUAACCAAUACAAUUCAAAACUGAAUCUUGA